AACAAGAGGGUGGGGAGGGACGGGGAGGCGGGGGGGGGUAAAUGACUCCUGGGUUGGUGCUUCUGUUCCCGAGUUUGAUGUUUCGUGCAAACAGCUACGUAAAUGCUCAGGAGCAGGUUUGGAAGUCACCUGCGCCCGGCCUUGGUGGGGUUUGGGAACGCUGGGUCUCCACCUGGGGGACAGCCCUCACCCCGCUCCCCCUGCCUCCUGGCCCGAGCGGGACCCAGCUGGGACGGGAAAGGGGACCGAGCUGGAGCCAUCUCCAGGCACUCGCCACCAUGUCCAAGGACGACGUGGGCUGCAAGCUGACCUCAGUCUACAAGCACAAGGAGAGGAAGCCGAAAAAGCCCCACUACAUCCCACGGCCAUGGGGCAAGCCCUACAACUACAAAUGUUUCCAAUGUCCCUUCACCUGCAUGGAGAAGUCCCACCUCUACAACCACAUGAAGUACAGCCUGUGCAAGAACUCCCUCUCCCUCCUCAUCGAGUCUGACUGGCCCUACAAGAAGGGCAAUCUGCUCCACCCAGAGCUGCGGCUCCUGCACGCAACAGAGACCUCCCGACUGCGCGGGCGGCGGGAUGAGCAGGAGACCUGCGACUCCUCAGCCACAUCAGGAGGUUCAGUGAGGACCAAGCAGGGCUCCGGCAGAGAUGGCCACGAGGACAAGCCAAUGUCAGGGGUGGAGAUCCUGCCUGCCGAAGGGGCUGGUGAAGAAUGUAUCCCGUUCCAAGAGGAGGAGGAGGAUGUUGCUGGCCUGUUGAGGGAGAUCGAUGCCAGUGAGAAGAAGGAGAAAAAUGAAGAGGCAGGUUGCCAAGGUGACCCAGCUGAGUCAGAAGUUAACACUUUGGUCUUUGGUUUCAAGAACAAGAGGGACAAGCCUUGCAAGGAGGUGGAGCCUGACUUCAUCAUCACAGAUGUCUUCUCCCUCAAGAACCAUGUUGUGAAAAGCAGGGAAAUGGCCUCCCCAGACGUAGAUGCUAAGCCAAAGCAUUGCAAAGUGCCAAAGAAAUGCCUGGCCAGCAGUGGGAUCCUCAUGGAGCAGUGGAAGCUAGUGGCAAAUGGGCAAAGGAGGAGCACACCUGAGGUCUCCCCACCUUGUACUGACAGCAACAUCAUCCCAUGCUACCCUCCUCCAGCCUACAAUGACUACCACGAACCUCAGGGCCUCAACCUUUCACUGCUGGGUAUUAACUACCCGUUGAACCCCAGUCUCUUCUCCUACCUGAGCCCCACCAUGGCCAACAGUGCUACAACACACCCGCACUUGGCUCAGCUGCCCUUCCUGGCUUCCACAGCCCAGCUGAUGCACCCACAUGCUUCCCACUUCCAGCCCUUGCAGAGCCCCGAGCGCUCAGCUUUCCUCCCUCGCUUCUACUACCCCUUGCUCUUCGAGCACACCUUUGGCUCCACUGAAAGCAAGAUGUCCUCCAGCAAGCCAGAAGCCCAGCAGCUGGUUGGCUCUGUCAUGCCCACACCACCCCAAGCCAAGCCCCCCAGUGAGCCAGCCAAACCAGGGCUGCUGAAGGUGCCAGUUCUGAAGACAGGUUUUCCUUGGUCCAAAGGGGUCAGAGAGGAGCCAGCCUCUGAACUCAGCCACCCCACCAUGCUGGUGCAGGAAGAAGAGGAUAAAUGGUUGUCUCAAGAGAAGGACAGCAGUCCAGCUUUGGGCCUCAACAACCUACGCAAAAAGCCAGCCACUGACAUCUACCAGAAUCCGGUGGGGGUGAAGGACAGUGCUUUUGCCCCCAGCAGCAUCCGGAAGACAGAGUUACCAGUGGUGACCUGUCUGGAGACCAGCAGCCCUCCAGGCAACUCCCUGAAGAGGAAGCUCACUGCCAAUGGGCUGGAUUUGAUAGGACCUGAACGGCUGAUGCCUGGAAAACUCAGCUACCAGAGCAGUGGUUCAAGGGCCAACCCUGGCCAUAUCCCCAAGGCCUUGGACCACUGGCAUAUGGAGGUCCUCACAGGCUGGCCUGAGGAACCAGAGAGGGGCAAUGAUGCUGAAGUUCUUCCCUCUGUUGGUGCUGGCCUGGAUCAUGGCCUCUGCAAGCAGAACAGAUCCCAAGAGACUUCUGCCACCAUGACAGACUCUGAGGCCACAACCAUGCUUAUUGGGGACCUGUCCAAAACCUUGGAGGAAUACCAAGAGGUGGAGAAGAAACUGUCUGAUCUGGCAAAGGAGGACACCCCUGGGCAAAAAGAGCUGAGAGACCAGCUGGUCAAAAUCCGAAGGGAACUCUACCGCAUCCACCAGACACUGGAGAAAGCCACCAAACUCCAUGAGGGGCCUCUGGACCUCUCAGUGAAGAGAUCCUCUGAAGGUCUGGAGAAGGUUCAGCAGGCCAAGAAGGAGCCCUGCAACACGAGCCUGGGAAGUGAGAAGCUCCACAGCAAAGACCAAGGGACCUUCAACAAAUGUACAGCCACUGGGGAGGCUGGAGAUGGGGAGGGGCUGCCAAACUGCCUCCCUGAGGCUGAGAACAAAACCAUUGACCUGCUGAUCAAGAUGAGCCGCUCUGAGAGCCUCCGGGCAUCCUCUUCCGAGCCCCACUUGGGUGCUGUGAUCAAGGCCGAGGUCCUGCCGCUCACCAUGCCCCUGGAGCUCCGGCACGUGAUGGAGCCCUACUACAGCCGUACCACCAAGUGUGAGGCAGACUCCAGUGUCCUGCUCUGCUCUGAUGGCAGAUCCAGCACCACCCAGGGCCCUCAGCUCCCGGUCACCACUGAGGACGGGCCCCUGGGCUGCCGGGCCAUGCAGCGCUCCCUGUCCUGCAGCCUCCCCAGCGAGACAGACACAGUGUGUGUCCACAGCCCUCUGCAUGCUGACCCCUAAGUCCACUGUGCUCAAAAGCUCCUGGAUCUCACCACCUUAUGCUUCACCCUCCUAGUGUUCCACUGCUCCACUCCCCCUCUUCCCCAUGGAUGAAAGCUUAACCACUGCUUGGCUGGGGCCAUGUCAUGUGGAGUCCCAGCAACCAUGAGUCCCUCUUUGACUCCACAAUAUGUAAGAAACCAGCCUCUGUCCUGCCACACUGCCAAGGACAGUGCCCCUGGGCUCUGCAUGCUCCACAGCCACAGCUCCCUGGUCCUGGAGUUCCCUUCAAAAGGGAAGUGACUAGCAGGCAAGAAAAGAAAACUGCUAAAAGCACAAAGCUUUCAGCAGAAGGCUCAUCCAGCCCUCUCAUCAGAGACACUCAGGGACUUUUGCAACCCAGCUCCCAUGACCUCCAGACAAGGGAGUGACCACAGACUGCGUAUCUGCAAGGCCAAGCCUUGAUACAGCUGUGGUUGUGCUCAGACUGUGGCUGUCACCUUGUACAGAGCAAAGACAUGGUGGCUUCAGGGUCACAGCAGAGAAUGCUCAGCUGGACUGACCCAGAGGCCAAGUACUUCCACACUGUGGAGACAAGAACAUCCUCCUAGCCACAAUGACCAGAUGACAUGGGAGCCACUUUGCCACAGCUUCACGCCCAGGUCCUGAGUUCUCCUGCCAGUGGGACUUGGCCAUGUGUGGGGACUGUUUGGCUAUGGGGACUCAUUCCUGCCCACUGCUUCUCCAUUCAGUGUCUGGCUCCUCCUUUUGCCUUUACACAGAAAGGACCUUCCCUCCUUCUGCCCCCAUGGCCUCCCCCCAUGCAGACAUGAUGCACGUUCCACAUGAAGGUUCCGUCCCUGCAGGGUACUGGUCCCAGGAGCUCCUGCCCACUACUUCUAAUCCUCUAAAUGGUGACACGGGACAGCAAAAUAGGUGAGAUGAUGCUGCCACAAACUCCACUGCUCAAGGGGCAAACACUCUAUAAACAGCUACGAAGGGACAAACUUGGCCUGUCGCAAGCUGGAACAAUGCUGAGCAGUCACCCCUCAGCCAGAGGACCAGAGCCAGCCACCCAGGCAGGUACCUGCUGCCUGCCAUCUGUGGGGUGAGCACUGGCCUUCCCAAAGGGCCGCCUUCUCCCCAUGCUCACUGGGGGAUCUGGCCUAUAUUGGGCAGGCUGGUACCUACCACAGAGCAGUCACACCUCCCUGUCCCCUGCCACCCUGCUGAGCAGCAUCUGCUCUGGCUGAGGAUAUCCCCGUAUUUGGGACAGGGUUUCUUCUACUCCCUCCCACUGUGGCAGGUAUAUUGUGCUCUCCUCGGCUUGGAAAAGCCAGGCACCCUUUCCUCUCCCGUCCACAAUUCCUUUUUAAGGAGAUGGUGGAGCUUCCUGUUAGCACCCAGGUUCUUUACCAACUUGACCUGGUAGCUUGUUCUUUGCAGUGUGAAAGCCGGGAUGGGACAUGGGAGGGCAGGACAAAGAGGACAGCAAGCAAAGCCACAGAUGAGGGACCUACAUGGCACAGCAAGGGAGCUUUAGAUACUGGCUCUUCUCUAGACACAAAGUGGACAAUGCUACUGUGGAAGGAUGAAGAAGGCAAGUCCUCACAUGGGACGUGGGACUCCCAAGUGCUUUGAUGGACCCAGACAACAGGAAGAAUUUACUCUUGUCACCUGUUUGCUCUCUGAACAAAGCUCCCACCUCAUCAAAGGGUUUAGUUUCUCACCAAGGACUUUGCUUAGGGCAUGCAGGCCUGUAGAGUUAUUGGUCUCUUCCCUCUGGAGAAAAGUGUGGGAUGGGGUGGAUUCAGAAGGAGAGUUGCUCAGCUUAGCACCAUGGACCUUUUUGAGCCGGCUCCGAAUCUUCCUGAUGGGCCAUGUCCUGCUGCUUCCCAGCAUGACCCUGGCCCCACAGGGGCUAGUGAAGGUCAUGGACCCUACCAGAACAGACCCCAGAGCUUGGGUGCAAGAUCCUAGAGCCCAGUAGAGGUUGCAGUGGGCCUUUCUUUCUGGGUUUGAAUAGUGCUGUCAUCUUCGGAUGCUGUAACACCAUCAUUACAACAGACUGCUCCAUACCAAGCACCUGGCUCAGAUUACCCACUCUAGAAAGCCUACCAGUCUCUCUCCAGCCUCUUCCGCCACCCUGUGUCACCCACUCCUUCCCAGCUCCCUCGCUCACACAGCCCUGGCAGCCACUGCCUCCCACACCAGCCCCUCCCCGUUUCCAUGUCUCAGGUCUCCCACUCUCCCCCACACCAGCUUCUCUGUGCAUCUUUCCAACCGGGACCCUCACCCAGUACACAGCAAGGCACCCACAGACACAGCCAAGAAGCUGGAGCCCCAUCUUCCCCAUGACACCCCAUGGCACCCCUGACACCACAUGCCCACCCAAUCUUUACCUCUUCUGAAGAACAACAGGACGUGUGGGUCCCUCUGCCCACCCAGGAGCCCCAUCUCUUCCCAGCCCUAAGCAUUUUAGCAGAUCUUCACCUGAACUUGGGCACCGUAGAGGUCCAAGACACCAGAGGGGUAGCUGAGCUCUGUGACCAGCAGCCCUGGGCUUCAGCAGAUCAGACCACCAGGCAGUGCUGCCUUUCAUCUCUUUUUAGCUGAGAUACCGCUUGCACACAAGUCACCUCUCCCUCCCCAGCCCUGACUCCAUCCUGCACCCCAGGCUGGGUUGCUGCCGUGCUCCGUGGUGCCCACGCUGUGAGCUGGGCACUUCGCCCAUGAGCGGAGCUGCCGCAGACAGCCCCUGCCAUGUUGCUCACGGUCUCGCUCACCUCCACAGAAAGCCAGGGGAGCAAGUAGGAGGUGCAGGCUGAUCACACAGUAUUUAUUGUUCACAGUUUUACGAAUGUACAAAACAAAAACCAAACCAUUAAAGGGAAAACCUCUGAGCAGGA